GUUUCGGGUGCCAGUUUUCUUGGGAGCUGUUUAAUGGUGCUUGUUACGGCUUUUUCGGACAACGAAUGUCCUGGCUCGAUGGAAUGCUCCUCUGUAGAGUCUACGGCGGACACCUGGUGGAGAUUCAAACAAAGAAAGAGAAUACUUACCUCAUCAGAGAAUUCAGGAAAAGGGGAUACGAUAUAGUUUGGCUAGGAGGGUCUGACCAGUUCAGUGAAGGGGUCUGGUACUGGGUAGCCAGUCGGAGUGAGGUCGGUCCGUUCACCAACUGGAAUAAACCACAGCCUGACAAUCACAAUCAAAGUGAGCACUGUAUGGAGGCAGCUAGAAACCGCCUCUACAGAUGGAACGAUAAUACAUGUGUAACAAAACAAUACAUUGUUUGUGAGAGACA